AUGGCCUUCCUGUGGAUCCUUUCCUGCCUUGCCUUUGUUGGUGCUGCAUAUGGCUGUGGUGAUCCAGCCAUCCCUCCUGUCAUCACUGGGUAUGCCAGGAUCGUGAAUGGAGAGGAAGCUGUGCCCCACUCCUGGCCCUGGCAGGUGUCUCUGCAGGACUACACUGGCUUCCACUUCUGCGGUGGCUCUCUGAUCAGUGAAUACUGGGUUGUGACUGCUGCUCACUGUGGUGUGAGAACUUCUCACCGCGUCAUCCUUGGGGAACAUGAUCGUUCUUCAAACGCUGAGAACAUCCAGACCAUGAGGAUUGGGCAGGUCUUCAAGCACCCCCGCUACAAUGGAUACACCAUCAACAAUGACAUCACCCUGAUCAAGCUGGCCACUCCUGCUCAGAUGGGCCCCCGUGUGUCCCCUGUGUGUGUGGCUGAGACCGGAGACAACUUCCCCGGUGGCAUGAAGUGCGUCACUUCUGGCUGGGGUCUGACCAGGCACAACGCUCCUGACACCCCUGCCCUGCUGCAGCAGGCUGCUCUUCCUCUGCUGACCAACACUGACUGUAAGCGCUACUGGGGCAACAAGAUCACCGACCUCAUGAUCUGCGCUGGAGCCUCUGGUGCCUCCUCCUGCAUGGGUGAUUCUGGUGGCCCCCUGGUCUGCCAGAAGAGUGGUGCCUGGACCCUGGUCGGUAUUGUGUCCUGGGGUAGUGGCACCUGCUCGCCCUCCAGUCCUGGAGUUUAUGCCCGUGUCACUGAGCUCCGUGCUUGGAUGGACCAGACCAUCGCUGCCAACUAAAGCUGGCAUUGCUGUGUUCAGUUUCCUCGUCAUUAUCAAUAA